AUGAGUACACCACGGAGUCGCCCGAACGAUACCGUCGAGCUCUUGCCCUUGAAGUCGGCUCUAGUGAACAACAACUAUCGAGAAGACGACGCAUACUAUGCGCCCCAGCCGCCGCUCAACAAUAAUCCCUCCAGCUCCAAUCUAUACGAUUAUACAUUACUCUCAAAAAGGACACCGGCUUCGAAAAGGCUGCUGUCGAAACAAACCCAGCCCGCUCCGACGCCGCUGGUGACGUUAUGUGGUGCUCCGCCGCCCUCCAGGAAACGCGAGGAGUUGGCUGCACUUGCGAAUCUACGCAAGAAAGUAGCGCCUGCACUGCUACCAGACAAGAAGUCUUCCAAAAAUAACAACGAGCCUGUAAACAAAGACGACAACGAAACUGAGCAACUUGACAACCGACCAAAACUAUUGCAAAGGUAUUCACUUCUCCCAGGUCACUUCACGCAAAUGGUUUGGGUGGCGACGCGGUUUUUCGGUGUGGGUAAAGCACGAUCUCGCGCGGGAAAAGUAAUAGUGGUAGCCAACUAUUCGCCGCCCGGAAACAUAUCCGGACAAUUCGAGACUAACGUGCUGCCGCCACUGCCGGAGAACUUUCCGGAGCCGCCGCCUCCGGCGCACUGA